UUUAUCCUUGUCAAGAAGUGGGUCGAUGUGAGCAGCGAAAUUUUCAAAACUCAAGCAACGCAGAUUGCAACCAUGAGAAUAUAUCUCAUUAUUGGAUGCGGUAUGGGAUAUUAUAAGUACUUUUGAAACAUUUUUGUGACGCACCACCAACUAUUUUACUAUCGCCGCAGAAGAUAUUUUGAGUUUAGUUUAAUGGAAAUAGUUAACACUCCACUAAAAAAUCCAAUUAUUUUCUGAUUUGCCAUUCGUUAAUAUUUGGCCAAAAUGCCAUUCCACUUGGAUUUACGAUUAUAACAAUCUGGACUAAGUGGAACGGGAAAAAUCAUGGUCGUGAACGUGAUUGUCAUGAGUGCACAGUGGAAUGCACCCAUAGUAUACUCGAAUAAUACACGGAUUUUUAUGAAAAAUAACAGUCACAGAACAUAACCUUAGGGUAUGUUAUGUGAGAAUAGUAAUCAAUCAACAACGUAAAUAUUUACUUUUUAAGAGGAUAAAAUGGCUGAAAAAAAGGCAAAUUGUUUGGAUAUUAAUGGACCUAAUUUUAAUCCGAAUAUGUAUUUAGAAAAAAUAUUCAAAGAAUACACUUUAAAACAAAUAUUGGAUCACGAAAGUGAAGUUGUUAAAGAUACCCAAACACUACACUCUGAUAUGCAGACACUGGUUUACGAAAAUUACAAUAAGUUUAUAUCAGCAACAGAUACUAUCAAGAAAAUGAAAUAUGAUUUCAAAAAAAUGGAAACUGAAAUGAAUUUAUUAGCUUCAAAUAUGGCCUCUAUUACAUCGUUUUCUGGUCAAAUAAAUAAUACUUUAAAAGACACACGUCAAAAAAUUAGCAAAUUAUCUGGUGUACAUGCCUUGUUACAAAAAUUGCAGUUUCUUUUUAAGUUACCAAAUACGCUUAAAGCUCGAAUGGAAGAAAGAAACUAUAUCUUAGCAACUCAAGACUAUCUUCAUGCACAGAGAGUCCUGCAACAAUAUGGUGAUAUGCCUUCAUUUCAGGGAAUUAAAGGUGAUUGUGAAUUAAUUGUGAAUGAGUUAAAAACAGAAUUAAGGAAACAGUUUUCAAAUCCAAAUGCUUCAGCUAAAGAACUAACAGAAGCAGUUGAUUUGUUAUUAAAAUUAGAUGAACCAGCAAAAGAACUAUGUAUGGAAUUCUUGUCAUGUGCUGAAAAACGUCUUGCCGAACAGUUAGUUAUGUUGAAAGAUCAAAGUGAACAACGUGAUAUCAUAGAGUUUGUUGACCUUGGUUGUUCAGGAUUUUUGAGUGAUUUAUGUUUGAUUGUUGCUUCUUUUCAUGAUAUGUUCAUAAAUAGAGUACAUACUGAGAGUAUUGAAAAUAGUGAUAUUUUUGAAAAUUUUGCUGCUGUUGAAUUGGAUAGUUUUGUGCAAGAUAAUAUGAAAAAGUAUUUUGAGUUAGUCCAGAAUAAAGUAGAUUCUGAACAAGAUGUCGGCGAUACUAGCAUAUUAGUACAAGCUCUUGAUAGAUUUUAUAAAAGAAUAGAAAGCAACACCCUUUGUAAAGACAUAGACUUUGCUAAAGUUGCAGCAGAUAUUGUUAUUAAUGCUGCUAGAAAGCAAUGUAAAUCUCAUCUGCAAAUUCUAAAAAUGCAUUUUGCCGACACCUUAACAAAAAUUAGACAAACAUUAAGUACCCCUAAAUUAAUCAAUGAAGAAGAAUCAACUAAAAAUUUAAAUGAACUACUUAAUUCUUUGGUUGUCACAAUUGUUGAAAAAGUAAAAGGAGUAUUACAAGAUUUAGUCGUGUUCCUUGAACCAACUGUAAAUUUUGCAAACAAACCACAAUUUAAAGAUAGUUUUUGUAUAGAUAAUGUAAGAGAAGGUUUAAUUGUAUGCUUUCUUCAUCACUUAACAGCUACUGCAAGGAGUUUUUGUGCUAAAGGAGCAUCAGAUCCAAAAAUGCCACCUACAUUGUUACUAGUGUUAUCUAAAUUUUGUAUAGAUUUUCAAAAUGGACACGUGCAUUUUAUAUUAUCUCAAACUGACGAAUUGUUUAAUAUAAAUUCAAAAGAUAAUCUUUCUCUUACAAAUGAAACUGAAAUAAAUAAUGCAAUGCAAGAAUCAGCACAAGAAUUGUUGAAUUAUUAUGUAAGAAUUCAAGGACUUAACUGUUCUCAGAUGCUUAGAAAGAGUGUAGAAACUAGGGAUUGGUUACAUACUAUUGAACCAAGAACAGUUAGAGCAGUUAUGAAGAGAGUAGUAGAAGAUAUAGCAGUGAUAGACUCAACAGUAUCUCAAUUGUAUGAAGACCAAGGAAAUAAUGGUACAGAACAUAGCAGUGAUUCUAGUCGUAAAGCCCAUAGCAUAUCUCUUCCCAGACAUCAGUAUCGUUCUAAUUGGUCAAAUUACACUCCAAAUCCUUUAGAUUCUGCCUUAGUCUCCAACAUGCAUAGACUAUUUAGUGAAAGAAUAGAUAUAUUUUCAUCUGUACAAUUCAAUAAGAUUUCAAUUUUAACUGGAAUUAUAAAAAUCAGUUUGAAAACAUUUAUGGAAUGUGUUCGUCUCAAAACAUUUAGCAAAUAUGGAUUACAACAAAUUCAAGUGGAUACUCACUAUUUGCAGUUGUAUCUUUGGAGAUUUGUGGCUGACGAGAAUCUAGUCCACUUCUUAUUAGACGAAAUAUUAGGUUCCGCUGCACACAGGUGUCUGGAACCAGUUUUAAUGGAACCAAGUGUUGUUGACAUUAUUUGUGAAAGGGGACAAAAUUAAGUAUGUUUUUUUAUUAAAAUAGCAAAUGAUUUUAACAUACAUAAAUGUAUUUAAUCUAUAGUUAUAAACUUAAAUUGUAAUAUUGUAUUCAAUAUAAAUGUUAUUUAUUCAAUAA